AACCUCAAAACUGUGUUGUUUAUUUACAAAAUGAUCUACAAAUUUAUCUGGCCUUUAAAAAAACCCAUUUGUAAUGUUUCCCUUUCUAUGUAGUGUGCAGUUUUACUUGAGUCUUUAUAAUGUUUAGUCCAACAUCAUGAACUGUUCGCAAGGUGCAGCUCUAUUCAGGUGAAGUGAAAUUAAAACCUGAAGUGUUGGUUACAUCAUUCUCACCAUGGAUCGAACGGACCAUUACCGAAUGAAAUCAUCCAGAAACAGACCAUCUCAUGGCUCCUCCCUGGAAAAGAUAAUGGAUAAACGGAGAAAGGAGAGGGAAGAAAUCAAUCUAAUCGGUGUCCCUCAGGUUUGGGGUAAAUCACCCUUGCGCACAGUAGAAUCAGACGAUGAAGUUAAACCUGAAGAAAGUCUAAAAAGGAAACAUUCAGAGUUAGAUAAUAAGAAAAAGAAGAAGAAGAGUAAAUCUACCAAGCAUAAAAAGGAAAAAUCAAAAGGAAAGGAAAAGAAAAAGAGUAGUCACAAGAAAAAACGCAAGCAUAAACGGAAGAAGAAAAAAGCCAAAUCAUCCUCGUCAGAUUCUAGUUCAGAUGAUUCAAGUAGCGAAGAAGAAGAAGAAUGGGUUGAAAAGCAAGUCGGUGGAUCAGAAAGUGACAACGAAAUUGUUGGACCUCAACAGAAAGCAGCUGUCACACUCUCACACAGAGACUUUGGUAAAGCUCUUCUUCCUGGUGAAGGAGCUGCCAUGGCAGCAUACGUUGCAGAAGGCAAGAGAAUUCCCAGGAGAGGAGAAAUCGGUCUCACAUCUGACCAGAUAGAGACAUACGAAAAAGUCGGUUACGUCAUGAGUGGGAGCAGGCAUCGCCGUAUGGAAGCUGUGCGUAUCCGUAAAGAAAAUCAAAUUUACAGUGCUGACGAGAAGCGAGCCCUUGCGAUGUUCAGCAAAGAAGAGCGGCAGAAGAGAGAAAAUUUAAUUUUAACUCAAUUCAGAGAUAUGGUCAGCAGCAAACUGUCAGAGAACAAAUGAACAUUCUGACAUGGUCCUCAUCAUCUCUGAUAUCCGCUCUUUGAGUCUCUAACUGGUCGGAUUAAUAAGUCUCCUACAGCAGGAUUAUACCAAUCAGGAAAAACUGGGAAAGCCUGGAAUCUUAGGAGACUGCAAAAGGCAGGACAUUUUGAUAGAAGGCAGGAAAUUUUACCAUUUUCAGUGUUACAACGGGAGCUAGACCAAGUAACUUGGACCACUAACACAUCAUCAUGGAACACUAAGUGUUCCAUGAUGAGUACUGAAUAAUAUUUUUAUUUUUUCCACCUUGAAGAAAGUCGGUAGGCAACCAGAUAUUUGUUUCUUGGUGAAAUUAAAAAAUGUCAAAACCGGGUGGAAUUCAUUUAUUGCCAUGUUAUCUAUUCAGAAAAUUCCGGGUCCUAAUCGGGUAUUCAAAUCACCUAAGAAGAGAGCUACUGUAGUUAUGAACUCCAAAAUUACCUAAAAUCUUCAGAAUUUAUUAUAGGUCAACAUGUAGAUUGUCGAUGAUAUUUUUCACCAAAAUAUGGCUCUAUUGAUUUAGAAUGUGAGAGAAAAAAGUGUGCAGCCUAGAAAAAAAGAAGUGUCUCGCUCGCUGUUGACUGCAGUACGCUUGGCAAAAUUUCACAUCGAGACAUUGAACUAAGGCAAUUUUUGCCAGUGACUGGCUCCUUUCUAAUUAAAAGAUAUUGACAUAGCAAAAGUUGUUUUCCAGUUCAAAAUUGAUUGACACAAUUUAAGCCUUGAUCUCAUUAAAUUUUUACCUGAUAACUGUGCACUAAAUUUUAUUUUGGGGUGAAGAGCGGUUGUAAUCUCACACCUUACUCCAAGAGGAAACUGCAAGUAAUGAACAUAAUUUAGCAUUAGACUUUUUUACGAGUCUUACAGAAAUGCAAGCAGUUUCUGUGUAAUUCAUCAUUUUAUGGUUUUAGAGGUGAGACUGUCAAAAAAAUAAAUAAAUAAAUUGAUAAAUAAAUAAAUAAAUAAAUAAAUAAACAAACGAAAAAACAAAUAAAAUUAAACAAGACCAAUAGACACAUUUAGUUGCAACUAAUAUUAAAUUGAAAUAAUAGCUUGACUGAAAAAAUGUAUAAAUUUCCAGUACUUAAUUUUUCCACAGCAAUUUUUCAAAUCCUCAAAUCAAUUACAAGAUUAAGUAGCUUAAAAGUCUGUGAACAAUAGUCUUGCCAUAUCAAAUAUUCAAUCGUAGAAAAAAUAAAAUUAAGACCUCGAGUUCAUUUUAUCCAAGAAAUUGUUUCAUUCCUUCAUCAGUUCAGUUGAUUUUCGUCAGUCAAACAGUCAAAGAAAAACUGACUUCUCAAAAUGAUAUCUAAUCAUGAAUUCACGUCUCCUUUUAUUUUUAUGUGUGAAAUAAUUACGUGUACUUAUCUUUCUGAUGAAAUUAUUGCUCUCCUAAUGGAAGGGCUUAUCUCUGUUUCCAUGCGAGUUCCAUGAGCAUGGAGUUUCAUGGAAAAGAGGGUUCAUGUAGAAAUUGAUAUACACCUUCACAUUAGAGGGACCUUCAACGCUUCCUCUUACUUCUACAAAAGUAAGUAAUUACUGUUUUGUACAUUCUAACAGCUAAAAAAUCCUACAAGAUGUUCUUAAUUUAUACUCAUGGUUGGAAACCUCUUUUUUUCUUCAUUUUUGCAUGAUUAUAUGAGGUUUCCGCACUGGUCAUUUUCAGAAGAAUGUUCUUUUUAUUAUUAUCUUGAACUGUAAAUUCUGUGAGUAUGUUGUAAAUAAACUGUUUUAUCCAGUUA